AUGCCCGUCAAUUUGAAACGCCCUGUUCGCAUCGCCAAUUGCUCAGGCGCCCUGACAGACCCUGGCGUCCACAUGUACAACCAGGCCAAAUACGGGCCAGUCGAUGUGAUCACGGGUGACUACUUGGCAGAGGCCAACAUGGGCGACACAGCCGUGGCGGCUGCUUCCAACGACCGGCCAGGCUGGAUCCCCACGGCCCUCGAGGGUCUCGAAAUGUCCCUGGACAUCAUCCAUCAGAAGAAGAUCAAGGUCGUCGUCAACGGGGGAUGCAUCGACCCGCGAGGCUUGGCUCUCAAGGUUGACCAGAUGGCGCGAGACAAGAAACUCCCGCUCCAGGUCGCCUACGUCGAGGGCGACGACCUCAUGCCCAAGAUCCAGUCGCUCCUCGAGAAACUACCCCAUCUCGACUCCCCCAAUGCGGACAUUCAGCUCGACAAGGCCACGCUCGAGUUCCUCGACCACCCGGACACCAUGCCUAUCGUGUCCGCCAAUGCCUACCUCGGCUACCGGGCCAUCAAAAGAGGCCUCGAUCUCGGCGCGGACAUUGUCGUCUGCGGACGCGUGGCCGACGCAUCGCCCGUCAUCGCCGCCGCCGCGUGGUGGCAUGGCUGGCGGGAGGAGCAGUGGGACGAGCUGGCGAGCGCGCUCGUCGGGGGCCAUCUCAUCGAGUGCUCGACCUAUGUCACCGGCGGCAACUUUUCGGGCGCGCACGACUAUCCCGUCGAGGCCUUUCUCCGUCUCGGCUUGCCCAUUGUCGAGAUGGGAGCGGACGGCGGCUGCGUCGUGACCAAGCACGAGGCGCUGGGCGGCUUCGUCACCGCCGACACGGUCAAGUGCCAGUUCCUGUACGAGCUCCAGGGGGACGUCUACCUCAACAGCGACGUCAAGGCCGACGUUGGGCAGGUCCGCGUCACGCAGGAGGCCAAGGAUCGGGUCCGCGUGUCCGGGAUCCGAGGGCGUCCGCCGCCGCCCACGACCAAGCUCGCCGUGUUCUACCGCGGGGGGUUCCAGAGCGAGAUUCUGGUCAACGCGUCCGGGUAUGCGACGCAGCACAAGUGGGACGUCGAGGAGGCCCAGCUGCGCGCGGCGUUGGAGAGGACGGGGGUGCUGGGCGAGCUGGACGUGCUGGAGUUUCAGAGGAUGGGCGUCCCGAUGGCGAACCCGGACUCGCAGCUGGCCAGCACCACGUACAUGCGGAUCUUCAUCCAGGCCAAGGAGUUGCUCGCCGUGCAAAAGGCGGCCAUGGCGUGGAAUGCGCGGUUCAUGACCCAUUUCCCUGGCAUGCACUGCUCGCUGGACAUGCGCACGGUGCAGCCAAAGCCAUUCCUGGGCUACCUGCCAGCACUGGUGGAGCAGAAGGAGAUUGACGAGGCUGUCACGCUGGUCAACGAGUCCAGACACUCUGUCGGUCCACCCAAGGAGACAGAGCCCCUGGGCCCACGGUCAAGCUACGAGACGACGUCGCCCAUCUCGACAGAGGCCGCCGCACCCUUCACGAUGCGCCCGCUCGGAGACGUGGCCCUCGCUCGAUCAGGCGACAAGGGGGCCAACAUCAACCUGGGCGUCUUUGUGCAGACGCGUCCCCAGUGGGACUGGCUGCGCAGCUUCAUGACGCGCGACCGGCUCCGGACAAUGAUGGGCAAGGACUGGCGCGACUGGUACUGGAUGGAGCGCGUCGAGUUUCCCGACAUUUUUGCGGUGCACUUUGUCGUGUACGGGAUCCUGGGCCGGGGCGUGAGCAGCACGGCGCGGGUGGACUGUCUAGGCAAGGGCUUCGCCGAGUUUAUCAGGGCCGUGCAUGUCCCUGUGCCGGACGACCUGCCACUCGCGAGCUCGAGGCUGUGA